UUUUAUGGUUCACUGGCGGAUCACAAAUUAAAUAGCUUCAAUCCUAAAAAUACUUUGGAACUUCAGAAGCAAAUUUUUAUGCCUGAACAAAUGGAUCAAGACUUCAAUAGAUCAAGAGACUUUGACCGAGACUGGAUACGUAAUACUGUAUACAAUUUAUUGUUAGAGUAUGAAUCGAACGCUUUGAUGUCAGACCAUUUAGAGUUGUGGAUACUUGUUCACGUUUGGAACUUUACUUAUAAAGUUUUUAAUGAUAUUGAGGAAGUGAAAGUAGUCAGAGGUGAAUCGUGUAGCCUGUCGUCAUCAACAAGGAAAAUUAUAAAAGAACCAUUCCUGCAGUAGAUAAGAAAAGAAAGAUUCUUGAGAGGAGAAGCGAUAUGAUUAUUCGUAAGAUUACAGACGAAUAUAGUGCACAGAAGCAGGUCGACAGUUUGAAGGACAGAAUGGUACAAAAUUGUUACAGGAAAGAGGCCUGAAAAUGCCUAAAAUGAUGAAGGAUAUGUUUGAUCAACUCUGUAAAACUUUUGACCAAGAUGAAAAGAAAACCCGUAAACUGGAAACAAUUGGGUUCCUUUAUGCUGACUCACCAGCUGGAUAUAUAUGU